GUUUUAAAAAUUUUAGGCCAGACCAUCCCCCAAAUUCUCGACUCCCUCGAUGCGUCGACCGGAGCUUGCUCGACGUGAUUUACAGAAAGCGGAGGAGAAACGGGAUUUAAGAAUCUGUAGGAUUUACCUUUUUAGCUCUUCGGCAGGAAAUAGGUUAAAUCCUGAUUAAAAUCUGUCCAAAUCCUGUUCGCCAACCGUGAUGGCGGUGGAGCAGACGCGUCGCCAUAUCCGAGGUUUUCUCUCUCUUGAUCUCUGCAAGGAGCUGGAGUUCAUCCACCGGACCUGCGGCGUGGUGGGUUACCGUCCCAACGUGUUAUCGACAACCCUCAGCCAUCUGGCGGCCACCAACUGCGCCCAUCUUAUUCUUCCUUUCGUCGCCGUCAGGGAGAAGCUCAAGGAGGUGGUCGAGGACUUCUUCGGAUGCGAGUUUGAGCUUUUCAUCGAGUUUACUGGCCUCAUAAGUUGGUGCAGAGGAGCCUCAAUUGGAUGGCACAGUGAUGACAAUAGGCCUUACCUUAAGCAACGAGAUUUUGCGGCAGUAUGUUACUUGAACAGCCAUGGAAAGGAUUUCGAAGGUGGAGUUUUUCGCUUCAAGGAUGGAGAUCCUUCAUCUGUUAUUCCUAUUUCUGGUGAUGUUCUAAUCUAUACAGCGGAUGAUCGCAAUGUACAUUCUGUAGAUGAGGUACUGGAAGGUGAAAGGCUUACAUUAACAGUUUGGUUUACCCGUAACAGCGCCCAUGACGAGGAUGCCAAACUAAUCUCUCUUCUUUCCCAAAGGUUUUCAGACCACGAAAAAGGAAAAUCUUAUUCUUUCUCUCCUUUGCCAGCAUCUGAUAACAUGUAUUGGUUUUCCAAUGGCAUUUCGGGCUUUGAUAUACGUUGUGCCAGGAUUCAAAAUCUUGGGUUUAGGAUCUGCUCAUCAAAACAUCAAGAGUUUAGUACAUCCGAUAUGGAAGCUGAUCCUUUGGAACUACUUAACAUGCCAAUACGUCUUGCCAGAGGUGAUGAGAUAUUUGACAUGGAAUUCCUCAACAGCUUGCAUGGGCUGCAGGUGGUUCAAUUUUUCCAUCUGAAAUUAUCAGACCUGAUAGCAUCAAGAGAAAAACAGGACGGUGACACAGAAACAACCGAACCUCAUCUCCUGGACAAAGUGAAUGGCUUGGAAUUGGUUUUACCUUGUGACCAUCAACUUGCAGAGAAAGUUCUGGGCUCCAUGUCCUGUGAUAAUGAGGCCUUGUCUUUUAGUUGGGUUGCUUUUAAACUUGCAGUCACAAGAUGGGAGGAAUAUAUGUUCUCACUUUAUAAAGAGCUGUUGAUGCUUAUUCCGCAUUGGGUAUUCCAUCAGAUUAUCUUUUUGGCUCCUACAACUGAACAACUCAGCUGUAAUCAAUUUUCAGGUUUUGAGGAGCCUUCACAAAACAAAUUACAAAAAUGAGAAUUGUACAGGUUAAGCUUUCCAUUGACAGAAAUGACAAGCUGCCGACAGUUUUGAAUAGUAACCAAAUGUUAUCCAUUAAUUGGCUAGCCUGGAGCUCUGGACUGCCCAACUAUUAACACAAAGGUAAUUAAGCUUCUUGCAAUGGUAGUUUUCAUAUAAAUUGAGUGGGAAAUAACAGGAAGGUCAUGUAGUUAUUAUAGAUAUUUGAUCAUAUUAAAAAUAUAUUAAUUUGAAGCAUAUAAUGGCAUGCCUGUAUAGCUGGGCUUAUCCUGACUGGAAAUUUUAUAUAAGAAGUCUUCUAUUCUGUAUAUUAAAAAUAUUCUCCCUUUUCUGCUUAAAUAUAUUCAUGAACCAUUAUAAAAAAA